AUGAUGGGCAAAAUCACCUUCUACGAGGACAGGAACUUCCAGGGUCGUUCCUAUGAGACCAGCCAGGACUGCUCUGACAUGUCCUCCUUCCUGAGCAGGUGUCACUCCUGCAGGGUUGACAGCGGUUGCUUCAUGGUCUACGAUCGCAACAACUACAUGGGAAACCAGUACUUCAUGAGGAGGGGCGAGUACCCUGACUACCAGCGCAUGGGAAUGGGAAUGAACGACUGCAUCAGGUCCUGCCGCAUGAUCCCCAUGCACAAAGGAAACUUCAGGAUGAGGAUCUACGAGAGGGAGAACUUCGGAGGUCAGAUGCACGAGAUGACGGACGACUGUGACUCCAUCCAGGUCCGUUACCGUAUGUCCGACUGCCAGUCCUGCAACGUGAUGGACGGCCACUGGCUGAUGUACGAGCAGCCCCACUUCAGAGGCAGGCAGAUGUACAUGAGGCCUGGAGAGUACAAGAGCUUCAGUCAGAUGGGCAUGGGAAUGGGAGGCAUGAGCGGCAGCAUGAGGUUCAUGAGCAUGAGGCGAAUCAUGGAUAACAUGUCCAUGUAA